AUGGACGAAAGCAUCAAACAGCACUACCUGGCUGACUCGCCUCCUACUGUGGUCAGACUGGAAGUUAAGUCACACUUUGAUACCCUCAAAGACCAAAAUCUGAGAAAAUAUGCCCACUUCAUGAGCAGAGCCGCAUUUGAGGGCACUCGAGUCACCCUGCGCCAGGUUUCCCCUGAGUCCGAACCUAUAUACGACCUCAUCCUGUCACUCUACCACGUCUCCAAUGGCGACUGGAAUAGCCUCGCCGAGAAAACACAAGUUAGCUCCGAAGACCUCCGUUUCUUCCUCGAAUAUGCGGCGCAAUUCUUGGGCAACUGCGGAAACUACAAGGGCUUUGGUGACUCAAAGUUCAUCCCUAGGCUGUCCGCUUCCGCAUUCGAGGCUCUGGCUUCGGCUACUGCAGAGACGAAGGCGGCCUUCCAGAAGGCUAGCACGACUGGAGGAGGGAUCUACGAGACCAGUGAACAGUCGAUGAUGCACCUCGGAUAUCCCAAGGAUGGCCACACUACCACCUACUACCCCGAUUCGCCGACGAUCUCACAGGAGGAGAUCACGGCAAUUGGUGACUUGAUGGAGAAGAAGGGACUUGCGUUGGAGAAUACUAGAAUCCGGAAGACAUCUUCGGAUGAUUUCGAGCUUUUGAUCGCAUCUGGGGUUUCGUCGCCUCCUGUGAAAGACCGGGAUCUCGGUGAUGUGAACACAUUUGUACUUGAUGGAGAUCUGAAGGGAAAGACGCUGCGUCUUGUCUUCGGUGACUACCAGGAGGAGAUGGCAAAAAUCGCGCACAGCAUCAAGCAAGCGGGACUUGCUGCCGCAAAUGAUAACCAGAAGAAAAUGUUGGAUUCAUAUGCUUUCUCAUUUGGAUGUGGGUCCAUCGAGGCUUUCAAGGAGAGCCAGCGCGUCUGGGUUAAGGACCAGAAGCCCGUGCUCGAGACGAACCUGGGCUUUGUUGAAACAUACAGAGACCCCCAUGGUGUGCGCGGAGAAUGGGAAGGCUUCGUUGCUUUGGUCAAUCUGGAGCGCACUCGAGCCUUUGGUACACUGGUGGAUAGUGCCGAGAGCAUGAUUCCUAAGCUGCCCUGGGGUACAGACUUUGAGAAAGACAAGUUCCUCAGCCCCGAUUUCACAUCGUUGGAGGUCUUGACCUUUGCUGGCUCCGGUCUCCCAGCCGGCAUCAACCUGCCCAACUAUGAUGACAUUCGCCAGAACCUUGGCUUCAAGAACGUGUCUCUGGGCAAUGUUCUUAGCGCCAAAGCUCCCAACGAGCCUAUUCCUUUCAUUGCUGAGAGUGACCAGGAGGUUUACCGCUCAUUCCGGGACCCGGCCUUUGAGGUCCAGGUCGGCAUCCAUGAGUUGUUGGGCCAUGGAACUGGUAAGCUGCUGCAGGAGACAGCGCCAGGGAAGUAUAACUUUGACAUUAAGAACCCACCCAUCAGCCCAGUCACCAACAAGGCCGUGUCGACCUGGUACAAGCCUGGACAGACCUGGAGCUCGGUCUUUGGUUCCAUUGCUUCGUCGUAUGAGGAGUGCCGUGCUGAGUGCGUGGCUAUGGUGCUUGCUUGCGACUUUGAAAUCCUGAAGAUCUUCGGAUUCGGUGAUGGCAAGGAAGACUUGGCCGGUGAGGCCGGCGACGUCUUGUUCGCAGCCUACCUUUCCAUGGCUCGCGCCGGUCUUGUUGCCCUCGAGUUCUGGGACCCGAAGACCCAGAAGUGGGGCCAGGCACACAUGCAAGCUCGCUACAGUAUUCUACGCACCUUCCUCGAUGCCGGUGAUGACUUUGUCAAGUUGUCUUACAACAAAGAGGAUCUCUCUGAUCUAGAGAUCCGUCUUGACCGGUCCAAGAUUCUGACUCACGGACGCCCUGCUGUAGAGAAGUAUCUCCAGAAGCUGCAUGUCUACAAGAGUACCGCAGAUAUUGAGGCUGGUAAGGGGUUGUACGACGGUAUCACCUCUGUUGACAGCUGGUGGGGAACCACUGUUCGUGACGUUGUUUUGAAGAACAAGGUCCCACGUAAGGUCUUUGUACAGGCCAACACUAUCCUCGAGGGCGACCAGGUCAGCUUGAAGGAGUAUGAACCGACUCUCGAGGGUCUGAUUCAGAGCUUUGCAGAGCGUAACGUCUGA